AUGCAGAGCCACCGACGGAACUACCCGGAACUGACGCGCUGCCUUGAGGCUAUGUGCUCCACCGGCAGGGAUAACUACCAGCUGGUCGCGGUGGGCGCGCGAGGUGACUUGCCCGACGACGUCAGUGCCAUGCAGUGCGUGGAACAGCGGACGACGGAAUGGCGACACCUCGAGUACCCGGAGUUUUACGCCAACAUCAGCGCGGGACAUUUCGUGGUGACGGCGGCUGCGGGGCACGGUUACGAGUACGACAAGGCCACGUCCACGGUGCCAACGGCUCUGUUGCUCGAGAGACCGUUGGUGAUGUCUUCGACGCUGCUGGACGCCUACCCGUGCCUCAGGAAAUCUCGUGUCCACAGCAUGGUGGCUAAUGACGACCUCUGCGUCAACCUCCAGACCGCCUACGACUUGACGAGGGAGGAGUACGACGAGAUGGAACUAGAGGCACGCGACUGCAAGCUGGAGAUGUGGCGGCAUGCCCGGGAAACGGUUGCCGGGAUGGCAUCAGGUUGGACCCUCGACUGA